AUGACGACUCAAAAGAAAGGAAGUUUUUCUAUUCCGAAAUCAGGGGAAACCUUUAUCGGGGAGGAUGGCACCAUUUCACAGGUCUUGGACGAUGUUGUCGAUGAGAACUAUGAGCCGACGCAAGGAGAGAUCGAGGAUUACGCAGAGUGGCUAGGAAUGAAGCUGCCAGAGGACAAAAUGUUUCUGUGGAUGGCGCGAGAGGGCCUCAAGGCUCAGCUCCCCCAGGAGUGGAAGCCUUGUCGUACUGAUGAUGAUGAGAUCUAUUACUUCAACUUCAAGACGGGUGAAAGCACAUGGAAACACCCUAUGGAUACGGUCUACCAAAAACGUUUCAAGGAAGCAAAGAAGCAGCAAUCUGAUAAUCAAAGCAAGGCCAGCCCUAGUAAUUCUUCAAGGAAUUGCAGCAGCACUAGCAGUCAGGGGAACAGCGCCCCUCAAUCCCAAGCACAUCAGAAACCACCUCCGUGUAGUCAAAGCGUCAUCAUGAAGACAAAGUCUAAUGCUAAUCUUUCACACAGCACCACAACCGAUUCGACUAAACGAGUUUUGGAAGAUGCCAUGGCACGUCAAGUGCCUGUGGCUGCAUAUACUGCACUGCCUAUACCUGAACGGUGCACUAUACCUACUAGUGCGUCGCUCACGUCAGGUGGCUCCAAGAUGGUAUUACCGAUUCCUUCCUUUCCAAACGAAUCAACAUCAGUAACUUUAGCUGCUUCUCAAUCGCGUAUUGUUUCUGAAUCGGAGACUGCCCUAGAGGAGACCAUUCGUGCUCAGGUAAAGGAGUCUUUUGAAGCCGAAAAGGUAAAGGCACAAAAUCUCCAGAAAGCCACGCUGGAGGCCAUGCGCAAACAGCACGAAGACGAAUUACGUGAGAUUCGGGAAGAAAAUGCCAAGCGCAAUGGAGUCGAUGAGGACGCCGGUGUAGUAGUUGAGGAAGGUGAUGAGUUUAGAGCCUAUAACAUAGCGGAAGCACGCGCAUAUCUUGACAAAAAGUAUAGUUCUCGUCUUGCCGACUUAGAGAAAGAGACGAAGAGCCUUGAGGCUCAGCUAAAGGAGUUACGUAUGGAUAAAUCUCGCAAAGAAGAUCUUGCUUCCAGAAAUUUGUUAGCAGCGGAGAGGGAGACCGCGUCCGAUAAGGAGAGCAUGACCAAAGGGAUGGACCUCGAAAUGGAGGACUAUUUGGAGGACAAAAAGAAAGAACUGGAUGCGCUCUUUAAAGCAAAGUCUGACGAGAUCAAAAUGAGUGCCAAGGCGACUUUGGAACGAGAGAAACAGACGCUGGACAAUUUGUUUCAACAAAAAGAAGCACAACUCUCGUCAUCAAUAGAAAUGACACGGAAGAGACUGAUAAUGGAAAAGGAAAAAAUUGAAGCGAGUAUACGCAACAUGACGAAUGUUCUUUCCUCUGCGGACAUGUCAUCUUCUUCCUCUCCUGGUGCUGAAAGUAACCAGGGUAACUUAGCCGCUCUCAAUGAAAUCAUCACCAAGGGGGAUUCCACCUGUGUCGAGCUUCGAGUCAAGGCCCCCCAGGAGGAGGAGGAGUGGAGUAAGGAGGAGGAUGCUCUUCUUGCUAGUCUUCGAGCGCAACUUUCGGAGAAGCCCGCUAGUCCCCCGUUGGCUAUCUUGGAGGAUUCUACAAAGAAUAUUCAAAAGCAAGUCAGUGAAGAUGUUACCCAUUUUCCUAACGCUGCAGUUGGAUCAGUGGAGAUUGAUACAGAGUAUAAUGCCCAAUUAGCAGCGCUACGCGCUAAAUAUGACAAUGAAAAAGAAAGGGCACUGGAGAGGUUGUCGAAGGAGCGAGAGGUGAAGCUUCGAGCCCUCUGCACAGAAAAUUCAAAGCUAUCUCAACCUCCCGCAUCGGGUGCAACACUUACCACCACGGCAGAAGAAACCUCUAAUGACUCCACUAUCCAUGAGCUCAAAGAUCAGCAUGCGGCGAAGUUGUCGGCUUUGGAAGCGCGCUACAGAUCUCUAGAAGAGGAUUUGGCCAAGCGUUUAGCUGCGGAGCUUGAAAACGCACGAGCUUGUGGUGCACACCGGCAGGCCAAAGAUUGUGUUCAGGAAGCUGUUGAUACUGACAUGGACUUGCACAUUAAACAGGAGUCCGCUCUUCGUGAGUGCUUUCCUGAAGAAUUUGACACGUCCAGAGAAAAAACACUCACUGAAACUGAGCCUCAUGAGGUACAAAUGUUAGGAGAUCUAAACAAGGUGGCACCAAUACUUACCGAGGUUGCUGAGGCAGAGGAAAAAGAGAAGGCAGUCCUGGCUGAAAGUACAAAGUUGGCUCUUGAGAGUCGCCGUUUGCAAUAUUUAGAGGAGGAAAAGUCUCUACGUAAUAAGAUAGACGCCGAGGUGGAGGCUUAUUUUGCUGCUGAGAAGGAAAAUCUCAUUCUAAAAAUUAAUAACACCUCUGUGGGCUCUAAUAAUUCCAGUGGGGACGCGCAGUGCUUAGAGAAGCUUAUUAGUGAGCGACGUGAUUUAUUCCUCUCCCAACAAGCAGAACUUGCUCAGUUAGUCGAGACGCUGAAAGCGAAACAACUCAAGGCGCAUGAACUCAAGGAAAGCCUUUCAAAUGAAGUUGAGAGUGAGUCUCCGAACGACUUUUCUGAGCUCACCACAGAAGCAUCGGCAAGCAUUUUGAAGGACGUUCACGAGGCUCGGAUGGCAGCCUUGGAGGAAGGCUAUCGUGAACAGGAAGAGACCCUUCAAAAGGAACUUGCUGAGUUGUCAAGACGAAAGACGGCGAUAAUUCAUGAAGGCGUUUCUUCUGGCAUCCACAAGACCCCGCAGAAUAUUCCAGGAAACAGAAGUGUGUACCAGUCACAGACGCUUUUGCAGUCGAUAGAGCCUGCCGCCACCGAUGAGCUGUCCACGUCGCCGCAGGGGAUGACAGUUUCAAGCGACUUUCAGGCAUCCGAUGCGCUCUGGUAUUGGAAGCAGCAGAGGGAUUAUGUCGCGGAGCGGCACCGCGAUUUGGAGUCUUUGCGUCAGGGGCAUUCCAGCCCUGAGGUAUCUGGGACCCAAAAGGAGCCGUUUGGGUCAUUAUUUUGGUCCCCCUCUGCAGUAGUAGCGCCCCCUUUCACGUUACAUUCUCAAGAACCUUUGUGUCGAACACAGUGGGUAGGGAUGGUUGAUUCGCAUCAUUUGCAUACAUCCCGCUCUUCAGAACUCCUUUCACUCUCUAUUGACGGUUUAAACAACCGACUUUCUAAUUUAGUCUCAACGGUAACUGGGCGGCGGCACAUGCCGCUCAAACAAGAGAGUAAGUCACAGUUACGAUCCACUCACAGUGAUGCCUUAAAAAAGAAAUGGGAUCAUGCAUUCAAAGAGUACUUUUUUUCUAUUACAGAAACCCCUGAUGCGCACUUUUAG